UGACAGCAAGCCCAGAGGCGGUCAGUUUGUCUUUGCUAUGCCGGGGAGAAGGUGGCUCGCGGUCGUCGCGCUCGCCUUCGUCAUGGGCGCCGUGGCCGGCAAGGUCGGCACCCGAUACCAGCCGACCUGGGAGAGCCUGGACACGCGGCCCUUGCCCCAGUGGUAUGAUGACGCUAAAGUGGGAGUUUUUAUCCACUGGGGCGUGUACUCCGUGCCGAGCUUCGGAAACGAGUGGUUCUGGUACGACUGGAUAACAGAAAAGAAGGACAAAUACGUCAAGUUCAUGAAGAGCAACUAUCCGCCGAACUUCAGCUACCAGGACUUCGCGAAGGACUUCACGGCGGAGCUGUUCGACGCAAAGCAAUGGGCUAAGAUCCUGAAUAAAUCAGGAGCCAAGUACGUCGUUCUGACCAGUAAACACCACGAGGGCUUCACACUUUGGCCCUCAAAAUAUUCGUACAGCUGGAAUGCAAAAGAUGUCGGAGCGCACAGGGACUUGGUGGGAGAACUGGCAGCAGCUUUGCGGUCGAACACAAACAUUACCUUCGGACUGUAUCACUCCCUCUACGAAUGGUUUCACCCCCUCUGGCUGGCAGACAAGAAAAAUAACUUCACCACCCAAAACUUCGUCAACAACAAGAUUAUCCCUGAGAUGAAAGAGCUGGUGAACACCUACCGUCCCGACGUGCUAUGGUCUGACGGUGACUGGGAAGCGGACUCGAAGUACUGGCGCUCCUGUGACUUCCUGGCGUGGCUGUACUCGGACUCCCCCGUCAAGAACACCGUCGUCACCAACGAUAGGUGGGGUCGGGACGCUCAGUGCAAGCACGGCGAUUUCCUCAAUUGCCAGGAUCGGUACUUGCCUGAUGUGCCCCCUGCGAAGAAGUGGGAGAACGCAAUGACCGUGGACCGCGAGUCUUGGGGCUACCGACGCGAGGCGUCGCUGCAGGACUACCUUGGCCUGUCGGACCUGCUCCGACUGCUGGCCAAGACCGUGAGUCUGGGCGGGAAUCUCGUAGUCAACGUAGGGCCGACCAAGGAGGGCACCAUCGCACCCCUGCUCGAGGAGAGGCUCCUUCAGCUUGGCGACUGGCUGGCCGUCAACGGCGAGGCGGUCUAUCGCACUAAACCCUGGACAUCAGCCAACGACACGCUCAACCCAACAGUGUAUUAUACUCAGAGUGCAGACUCAAAGACUCUCUACGCACUGGUUAUGGAUUGGCCAAAGGAAAAUAUUCUUCGGCUUGGAUCUCCUCGUCUCAAAAAUCCAAACAUCACAUUGCUUGGCUAUGGAGCACUAGAGGUUUCAGUCCACAAAGAAGUAGAAAUUAAAUUUCCAAAGGAUGGUGAGACCAGGUGCAAUCAAGGAUGGGCUUUACGUAUUUCAGGUUUAUUGCCUUAAUUUCUAUUUAAACAAAUAAAAGUUCUCAGGAGGUCACAGUGCAAA